AUGUUCUCCAAUAUCUCUCUCUCUCUCUCUCUCUCUCUCUCUCUCUCUCUCUCUCUCUUCCUACAUUUUGAGAUAAAGGACGACAGAAAUAGCUCCCAUAUAUACCUCCCAUAUACCUCCCACAUAUACCUCCCGCAUAUACCUCCCGCAUAUACCUCCCGCAUAUACCUCCUGCAUAUACCUCCAACAUAUAUCUCCCGCAUAUACGUCCCGCAUAUACCUCCCACAUAUACCUCCCGCAUAUACCUCACGCAUAUACCUCCAACAUAUACCUCCCACAUAUACCUCCCGCAUAUACCUCCCACAUAUACCUCCCAUAUACCCUGCAUAUACCUCCCACAUAUAGCUCCCUGCAUAUACCUCCCACAUAUACCUCCAGCAUAUACCUCCAACAUAUACCUCCCACAUAUAUACCUCCCUGCAUAUAUAUCCCCACAUAUACCUCCAGCAUAUACCUCCACAUAUACCUCCCAUAUACCUCCUCCCAUAUACCUCCCACAUAUACCUCCCACAUAUACCUCCCGCAUAUACCUCCCACAUAUACCUCCCGCAUAUACCUCCCACAUAUACCUCCCACAUAUACCUCCAACAUAUACCUCCCACAUAUACCUCCCGCAUAUACCUCCCGCAUAUACGUCCCGCAUAUACCUCCAGCAUAUACCUCCCACAUAUACUUCCCACAUAUACCUCCAGCAUAUACCUCCCACAUAUACCUCCCACAUACACCUCCCACAUAUACCUCCCACAUAUACCUCCCACAUAUACUUCCCGCAUAAUGAAGGUAUUUCACAUGUACCCUGUAGUGGAAUGUAUUUCCGGGAACCGUUAUACAAUUUCGUUAGCAUUCUUCUCUCACUUUCACUUUCACUUUCUUUAAUUAUACUCUUAAAUUUUACACUUUCAUCUUCUGCUUCUUCUUCUCUUUCUUGUCCAUUAUACAAUUUCGUUAGAAUUCUCUCACUUUCACUUUCUUUAAUUAUCCUCUUAAACUUUAUACUUUCUUCUUCUUCCUCUUCUUCAUCAUCAUCAUCAUCAUCAUCAUCUUCUUCUUUACUAUCUUUCUUUCUUAGCCGUUAUACAAUUUCUUUAGAAUUCUUCUCACUUUCGCUUUCACUUUCUUUAAUUAUAUGCUUAAGCUUUUCACUUUCAUCAUCUUCUUCGUCAUCAUAUUUUUCAUUAAUAUUUUUUACCCAAUAUUCAUACCAGCUACUCAUUUUCGUCUCUUUCAUUCAUUCCUCUUAUUUAACGGUUUCUAUUUUUAUACACAUCCUAUUCCCUCUUGUUCCGUUUUUCCUUACUCUUCAAAGAGCCGUCCUUUCUAUUCACAUGUCCUUCCCCAAAUCAUUCAUCAGCACUUUCUUCUUCGAACACAAAUCGAAUCGUCUUCUAUUUUCUAACCUUUCCAUGAGUAUCAACAGCUGCCCCCAUUGCAACGACAAGCAGACCCAUUCCAGGCAUGAGAUCCUUUUCGGGUCAUUCUCUUUUCUAUCUUUUUUCGUUCUGAUAGUUUUAUCUAUCUAUCUAUCUAUCUAUCUAUCUAUCUAUCUAUCUAUCUAUCUAUCUAUCUAUCUCAUUGUGUUCAUUUCGUUGAUUGUUUGCUUCUUCCUAUCUUUGUUUCUUAAUCUAUCUAUCUAUCUAUCUAUCUAUCUAUCUAUCUAUCUAUCUAUCUAUUUCAUCUAUUCAUAUCUAUCUAUCUAUCUAUCUAUCUAUCUAUCUAUCUAUCUAUCUAUCUAUCUAUUUCAUUGUGUUCAUUUCGUUGAUUGUUUGCUUCUUUCUUUCUUUCUUUCUUUCUUUCUUUGUUUAUUAAUCUAUCUAUCUAUCUAUCUAUCUAUCUAUCUAUCUAUAAAACCAAAAGGGAAUAUCUUACUUCUUCCGUGCUGUCUUCGUCGUGGUCGUCUUCUUCGCCAACUCGUCCAAAAAUCCAGUAUCUCCCGUGCUUCGAGUCCCAAAUAUUAUGCAUAG